AUGGCCACCCCCAGAGGCUGCCCGACUGUGCCUCUGAAGGACCUCAAUCCUGCAUCCGCAGCUGACCCAGUGCGAGCAGUCUGGUGUGUGGACGGCGGGCCGUCGCGCAAUCUGCCUCGUGCUACCGCUUGCCGGAGGUAUUUCGAGAGAUCCGGGCCAGGCUGGGCUCGGAUAGCCAAAACCUCCUCUUCCAGUUUUAGGCCGCUGGACGGACGGGUUCUGCUUACUGCGACGGGGAGCCACGGGGAGAACGGCAACAUGGCUCUCGCCGGGUCCCACAUCCUGCCGAGGGAUUCGGACUCGGGCUCCAAUGGCACGCUCACCACCGGCGCCAUCGCCGGCAUCGCCUGCGGCGCCGGCGCGCUCUUCCUCGGCGCCGCCGGCCUGUUCAUCGUCUACUGGCGCCGGCAGCGCCAGUUUGACCGCGAAGACGAGUAUUACGAGAACCACUUCGAGGGGAGGGGACCGCCGGGCUCCACGGCCCCGGCCGUCACUUACACCAUGGACUACAAGAUGGACGACCCGCAACACAACGAGGGGGACCACGGGUCCUCAUACACCUACUCGCCCGAGAAGGCGUCCUACCCCUUCUCUCCGCUGAGCGCCCUUGAGUCCGCCAGCGCGAUGCCCACCCACCCGGCCUACAUCCCGCGGGCCCUCGUCCGGGGCCGCACCACGCCCAGCAACCGCUCCGUAGCAACCGCCUCACCACCGCCCUUCCCCACGCCGGCCUUCUCCUCCGCCUCCACCUCCAACUCCAAAACCCAGCCCGACGAUGCCAUGAUCCAAGCCUACCUCAACGCCGCAACUGCCGCGCAGCCGCAGCCGCAGCCGUCCCCACCCCCCCAGGCAGGCGACGCGCCCACGGAGUCCGACUCCUCCUUCUCGGGCGGACUCCCUCUUCAAUCCUAUCCACCGCGAACGCACUCGGCCCCAACCACCGUCCCAGCUAUGGUCUUCCCCUCCAUCUCCUCCCCACCGCAUUCGGCCUCCUCCACCACCGACAGCGCCCGCGCCAGCGGCAGCGGCAGGACCAGCCACGGGCGGCCGCCGCCCGCGCGCCGCCCGCCGCCGCCGCCACUGAAGAACCUAUCCACCUCUCCGGGCGCCAAGCCCCUGUCCGGGCGCGAGAACGCGACAAUCAGCGGGCCCCUCGCCUUCCCGCAGCACUACCACCACCCAGGCUACCAGCCCGGCAGCGGCAGCGGCAGCGGCUGGAUACGCGAGGACGACACAAGCGACGCCGCGGCGGCGCAGGGCCAGUCGCAGUCGCAGUCGCAGUCGGAGUCCGGCGGGCGAAUGCGGAGUUUCCGGGCCCGGGCGUUCUCCUCGCCUCGCGGCGGCGGCGGCGGCGGCGGCGGCGAGAGGGAGGCCAAGAAGAAGGAGAAGAAGGAGAAGAAGAAGAAGCAGCGGAACAGCGGGGGCCAUCGGUUCUACGCCGAGGUGGAGAUUGGGAACGGGAGCGAUAUUUGGUAA